AUGAUCCCGCUCUCCAGUCCGGCGGGCCGCUCCGCCCCAGCCCCCCUCCCCACCGCGGGGACCCGGAGCCGGAAACCUGGCACAAGAAGCGCUUCCGCCCACACUGCCCCUCUUAGGAGGGGGCGGUGGCCUGAACGCGCACUCCGCCCCUCGCACCGCCCUGCCCCGCCCCGCGCCUCUGGGCGCUCCAGCCCCCGGCCGCCCGCGGUCCUCUCUUCCCCCGGAUGGUGCCCUUUCCACGCGUUGAGGCCCGAGGUGUGCGCGCCGGGCAGGCCCGGGUGGGCCCAUGGAGAGGGGAGCCGGGAGCUCGAGGCUGCGGCGGCGGGGCGCGCGCUGCUGGCCGUGCUCCUCUGCUGCAGAGCCGCCUGCGGUUUCCUGGAAGAGCUCCCGGCCCUGGGACGGAGGGCCGGCUUCGAGCAUCUCCCCGUCAAUGAGUCCGGCCCGGGCUUUUGCGAACGGAAAACCGGACUGGGCCGCUCGCUUGAUUCUUGGAGCCUGUCUUCAGAAAGCCUCGUAGGUAUGUUGCCAGUUGAUCCAGUUUAUGAAAAUUAUGUUCGCAAAGUGAGAAACUGUAUUUUUUCUGUUGUUUACCCUAUUCCUUUCAAAUCAAGGAUUUGUCUUGUAGCAGUUUCAAAGGAUGUUCUGGAAGAUAUUUUGGACCUUGAUCUUUCUGUUUCAAAAACUAAUAAUUUUAUUCAACUUGUAAGUGGUGAAAAGAUAGUAUCUGGCUCUAUUCCAUUGGCCCAUAGAUAUGGAGGCCAUCAGUUUGGAACCUGGGCAGAUCAGCUUGGGGAUGGAAGAGCUCACCUUAUUGGGAUAUACACAAACAGGUAUGGUGAAAAGUGGGAACUCCAGUUAAAAGGUUCCAGAAAGACUCCAUACUCACGAAAUGGUGAUGGAAGAGCUGUGCUGCGUUCCUCAGUGAGAGAAUUUUUGGCUAGUGAGGCUUUGCACUACCUCGGCAUCCCAACGAGCAGAGCUUUAAGCCUGGUUGUAAGUGAUGAUGAUGUGUGGAGAGAUAAUUUCUACAAUGGAAAUAUUCAGAAAGAAAGAGGUGCAGUAGUUCUACGCAUUGCAAAAUCAUGGUUCCGCAUUGGAUCAUUAGAAAUUUUGGCUCAUUAUGGUGAACUGGAUUUACUCAGGAAAUUAUUAAACUUUGUCAUACAGGAACAUUUUCCAUCAGUAGACAUGAAGGAUCCCAACAGAUACUUGGAUUUUUUCUCUAAUGUAGUAUCUGGGACAGCACAUCUUAUUGCUUCAUGGAUGUCUGUGGGUUUUGCUCAUGGUGUUUGCAAUACUGACAACUUCAGUUUGUUAUCUAUAACAAUAGAUUAUGGUCCUUUUGGUUUUAUGGAGGCCUAUGAUCCAAAUUUUGUACCAAAUACAUCUGAUGACAAAAGGAGAUAUAAAAUAGGAAACCAGGCCAAUGCUGGGAUGUUUAAUCUGAACAAGCUGUUACAGGUUUUAAACCCCUUAUUGGAUCCUAGUCAAAAGCAACUUGCUACUCAGAUUCUUGUGGGAUAUUCUAUUCUGUAUUACACAAGAUUUAAAGAACUUUUCAAAGCCAAAUUGGGUCUCGUUGGUGAAAAGGAGGGUGAUGAUUAUUUGGUUGCAUUUCUACUACAUCUCAUGGAAGAGACAAAAGCUGACUUUACAGUGACAUUUCGGGAGCUCAGUGAGAUAACUCAGUCCCAGCUAAAGGACUUCAACAUUCCUCAGGAAUUUUGGGCACUAAAAACACUUUCAAGGCAAGAACUAUUUUCUGACUGGGUGACCCUGUACCUUUUGAGACUAAAGAGUAACAUGAAUGACUCAGAUUCCAGAAGAAGAAAAAGAAUGACAAGUGUCAAUCCUAGAUAUGUGCUGAAGAAUUGGAUGGCAGAAUCUGCUGUGCAAAAAGCAGAAAUGAAUGAUUUUUCAGAGGUUCAUCUUUUACAGCAAGUUCUUCAGCGUCCAUUCCAGAAGCAGUCAGCAGCAGAGAAAGCAGGAUAUUCUUCACCUACCCCUUUAUGGGCAAAAGGUCUCAAAGUUAGCUGUUCAUCCUGAUGAAAGUUGGUCUUAAUUAGGAGUACUUUUUAAACAUUGGACUUUUAAUGUAAUAUAAUCUGAGAAAUUGUUAAUAAUAAAUUGCAUAUUGAAGAAUCAGAUUUUUAUAAUAAUGAAAUAUAAAUUAUUACAUAUGAGAAAUAAACAUUUAUUUAGCUAAAAAAGCUUAAUCCUGAACUCUUCUUACUGAAAAUUGUUCAGAUCUCUGUUUUAAUCAAUAAUUUGGAAAGACUAGUUUCCUUUUGGUAAAUCACUUUUAAUUGCUUUUAAUAAUGAAGAAAUUUAAAAAUGAUCCUUCCUUCAGUCAAUUAGCAUGGUUUUCUAGACACUUGUGCUAAAUCCUCAUAGGGGAAUGCAAAGAAUAGUAAAAAAUGACAAAAACA